UCAGUGAAAGUGUGAAACUGAAUUCAUGUAGAUCUUCAUUCUCUUCUCUCAAAUUCUCAAACACUUAACUAUAGAUAAAUAAAUAAACAAAUUAAAAAAAAAAAUUAAUUGUUGAAAAUUAUUUCUCUUUGAAGAGUGAAAUGGAAUUCGAUGAACCAGAGGAACAUGAAGAGGAGAUGGAGAUUCCGGAAACACCCAUGCCGGUGCCGGCGAGUUACGACUCACUCGGAAACUCAGCUUCACGGUCAAAACUCUCCGGUGAAGUUGACGGACGGAAAGGUAGCGGUAACGGUAAUGGUAACGGUAACGGUGGUGGUUUUUCCUCGACGGUGAAGUAUAGAGAAUGUCAGAAGAAUCAUGCCGUCAGCUUCGGUGGCCACGCUGUUGACGGUUGCUGCGAGUUCAUUUCCGCCGGUGAAGAAGGAACACUUGAAGCCGUGAUUUGCGCUGCUUGUAACUGUCACCGGAACUUCCACCGUAAAGAGAUCGACGGAGAGACGGUUAGUUCGUGUCAGCGGCAGCAACCUCCACCGCCGCCGCAACCAUAUCACCAUCACCAGUUUUCACCUUACUACCACCGAGGUCCUCCUUCUACCUCCGGUUACCUCCACCACCACUUAGCAACUCCGGUGGCGCAUCACAGACCUUUGGCUCUCCCAGCCACUGCUUCCGGUGGAUUCAGCAGAGAAGAUGAUGAUAUUUCAAACCCUAGCAGCAGCGGCGGAGGAGGAAACGGUUCCGGUGGAUCAAAGAAGAGAUUCCGAACAAAAUUCACGCAGGAACAGAAAGAGAAGCUCUUGGCUUUUGCGGAAGAACACGGUUGGAGAAUUCAGAAACAAGAUGAAGCUGCUAUAGAACAGUUUUGUGCUGAGAAUUGUGUGAAGAGAAAUGUUCUUAAAGUUUGGAUGCACAAUAACAAGAACACUCUUGGUAAGAAACCCUAAUUUGUGUUUUUAUUAUUCUAAAUUUUCUAAUUAAUUUCUUCUAUGUGGUUAUUAAGCAAUUUUGAUCUCUCUAGAGAGAGUGAUUUGUGUGAAAAAUAAAAAUGAGAAGGAAAAAAAAACAAAAAAAUUUAGUUUGAGAUUUUUAUGUAAAAGAUCAAACUAGCUAGCUAGUUAGGGUUCUUAUUCUUGUAAGUUCUUUAUUUGGUUAAUUAAUUAAAUAAUUUUGUUUAGUUUAUUUUAUGGGACUUUAGUGA